GGGGAGGUUAGCAAGCGGAGAGAUGCGUGUGCCUCACCAGGUGCUACAGAGGUGACACCCGAGCGGCGCUCUGGCGGUCUGUGAGCACCUGUGGAAACAGGGCCGAGCUGCAGGAGCGCCGCCUGCGAACAGCGCUCACGGCUGGUGAUGUGGGGCUGUUUUCCAAAUACCAUUCAACAUCUGCCAGCAGAGCCUCAACUCCGUGGAUUUAUCUUCCUUGUUAAGCAUAUCCACCUAACCAACACCUGGAUUCACUGCGCACGCCUUCCCGAGUGAGAUUUCUGGGAGGGGUGUGCCUUGAAAAAUCAUAGCAGAGGGCAAGGAAGGAAAACAAUAGAUGGUUACAUUCCCAGUGUAAGUCUCCUUAGGUGAAAACCUACAGAGACAGAGAAGAAAACAUCUCAGCAGUGGACUUGGAAUGAAAUGACCCUGUACUGAGGUCUGCAUGGAGCCCAUGUGCCACAGGGCACUUGGGAAACUUUUGCAUUUCUUGAUAAUUUCUGUUCUACAAGUAUUAGAAAAGAAUGAAUGGUAUCAUAUUUACUGCAUAGGUUUUAGAAGAAUGCAACACUUUUCUCCCACACUGCUAACAGGAUCAAGGGAAAACAGCAAGACGGCUCUGACAAAACGUAUUUUCUCUGUGUGUGAGCAUUUGCAGAACUGCAGUCUAAGAAAGAACACUCCCCCGCUUGAGAAUGCAGCUAUAAAGAGGAAAAGAGAAGAGAAGAGAAGAGAAGAGAAGAGAAGAGAAGAGAAGAGAAGAGAAGAGAAGAGAAGAGAAGAGAAGAGAAGAGAGCAAAUUAAAAUUAUUUAGAUAAGUCAGAAAAGAGAAGUAUGAUAGAUAUGAGACA